AUGGUAUCCGUUGGGAUUAGUGCAGUUUUAGCUGCUGCAGUUGGUGUAUAUCUGUAUUUUGGGGGUAGGAUAUCCAUAGCUAUCGUAAUUAUAGUGUCCUAUGCCGUUUUCUGCAGUGAACAAAAUAAACAGGUUGAAGACUCUGGGGAUAAGCCUAGCGAUGUGCCACCAGUGGUACAGAAACGAAAGGAGAAACAUGUGUGCGCCUGUAAAAGUGGUGGAGGUGGAGGUGGAGGCAGUUGCUGUUCAUCGAAGGGCGGUAAAUCUGGAGGAGGAAGUUGCUGCUCUUCGAAAGGCGCUAAAUCUGGUGAUUUAUCUGGCAAAAAGGUAUCAAUCGCAGAUGAGCUUGAGAUUGAGAGUUUAGGGGAGCAGAUAUCUGAGGAAAAUAAGAAGCAGCUGGAAGAGUUAACCAUUGAUUUCACCGAUAUGUUUACGAAGGAAAAAAAAUCAACUCCAAAGCCGCUUAGUUCAACUAAAUCCACUAAAAGAUUCACAAAAGGGAAGAGAACAUUGAAGAAGGAAGCAAAACAACAGACGGUAGAAUUUGCCAAUAUUGCUGAUGACGGUCUGAUAAAAAGCGCAUUCACAGUUUCCAAUGAGAAAUUAAUGAGUUCUGACAUUUAUGUUUUCUACAGCUCGUUGCAAGGUGCGUCAGUAAGUGCUGCUGAGAAAGUGGUCAAAGAACUGAGUAGUAUAAAAGAGUUGCAGAACUCCCCUACAUUGAUUAAUUUAGACGAGUUGGAUGAUGUAGACCAGUAUUUUCUCGACGUCCCCACAGAGCAGUCUUUCUAUAUCUUGGUCCUUCCCUCGUACGAUGUUGACUGCCCCUUGGAUUAUUUUUUACAGAUAUUGGAGGAAACGUACAAUGAUUUUCGUGUUGACAGAUAUCCAUUGCGCAAACUUGUCGGUUACACUGUUUUAGGGUUAGGUGAUAGGGAGUCGUAUCCGGAGAAGUUUUGCUACCAGGCGAAAAAGGCGGACUUCUGGUUAUCCAGACUUGGUGCUAGAAGAAUGUUCCCACUAGGUGAGAUAUGUGUUAAGUUUUCGGGACUUGAAAAGGUAGAUAAGUGGUCCCGAUUACUAGGGAAGAUGAUGUUGGAUGAUGAACCGAUUUUAUACGAAUAUGACGAAACUGUGGAUAAUUCGGAUGACGAGGAAGAGGAAGAUAACGGGAAUGUUAGCGAUGAAGGUGUUGUAGAUGUUGAAGAUCUGACAGGGAAAACUGACGAUGAUCUUGCAAAAAACUCUACGGAAGUAAAACAAAUGAUUGCAAAGAACAGCCCAACUUACAAAAAUCUGACCAAGCAGGGCUACAAAAUUGUUGGUUCUCAUUCUGGUGUGAAAGUUUGCAGGUGGACCAAAAAUGAACUAAGAGGCAAAGGUUCAUGUUACAAGAAAUCGUUGUUCAACAUUGCUUCAAGUAGGUGUAUGGAAUUGACUCCAUCUUUGGCAUGUUCUUCGAAAUGUGUGUUUUGUUGGAGGCAUGGUACCAACCCAGUAUCCAAGAAUUGGAGGUGGGAAACAGACGACCCUCAGUUUAUUCUUGAAAAUGCUUUGGAAGCUCAUUAUUCUAUGAUCAAGCAAAUGAGAGGUGUUCCUGGUAUCAUUGCAGACCGGUUUGCUAAAGCAUUCCAGGUGGCUCAUUGUGCUCUCUCGUUAGUCGGUGAACCAAUUUUGUACCCACACAUCACGAGGUUUAUUGAACUACUCCAUCAAAAACAUAUCACUAGUUUCCUUGUCUGUAACGCUCAGCAUCCAGAGUCUCUGAGAACGAUCGGGAAGGUAACUCAACUGUACGUAUCCAUUGAUGCACCAACGAAGGGAGAGCUACAGAAGGUUGAUAGACCCUUGUACAAAGACUUUUGGGAGCGGAUGAUGGAGUGUUUGGACAUUAUAAAGACCGUGCAAUCGCAUCAACGAACAGUCUAUAGACUAACCCUGGUGAAGGGGUUCAAUAUGGGGGACAUAAUAUCCUAUGCUGAUUUAGUGGAACGAGGGUUGCCGUGUUUCAUUGAGGUGAAGGGUGCCACUUUCAGUGGUACAGCGAAGGAUAGUGUGAAUGCGUUGACGAUGCAGAACAUUCCGUAUCUGGAAGAGUGUAAGAAAUUUGUGGAAAGUUUCGUUGCCUUAUUGCAAUCCCGUGGGUUAAAGUAUGAGAUAGCUGCAGAACACUCGCACUCCAAUUGCGUUUUGAUAGCACAUGAAAAGUUUAAAAUCGAUGGUGAAUGGCAUACGCAUAUUGACUUUGAUAAAUUCUUUGAGAAAUUGGAAAGUGGGGAGCCAUUCACAUAUAUGGAUUACUUAUCCAAGACGCCCGAGUGGGCACUUUACGGUAAUGGUGGGUUUGCACCUGGGAAUGUGAGAGUGAUCCGCAAGGAUAAGAAGUUGGAGAACAAACUACUGAGAGAGCAGCAGGCGGUGACUGCACAGGGUGUCACGUCCACCGCUUAG